AUGUCAUCCGAGUAUUUCAUUUCCUGCAUCUUCUUUAUUCUAUGCAUCAUCGUUCUCAACUUUUGGUUGUUGAAUUUGUUCGUCGCUGUAAUCACUCAGAGCUUUGGGGCCACAAGAGAGGAAACGAAGAGGAGUGCGUUUGGUGCUGAAGGUGACCUCGUGCCUGUGUACGAGGACAAGGACGAUGUUUGGGAGAGGGGCAGUGUAAAGCGUCGUCGCAAGUCUAACCCCUUGCAAGAUUGGUAUCGAUACGUUAGGCCAGUCUUUGCACUCCUUGCAUUGGCCAGCUUGACUCUCCAGGCUAUCAAGACAACUAGAACGCCCCCAGAUAGGAUUCAACUCUUUCAUCCUUUGGAGAAUCUUCGCCACCCUUCCAAAUUGGCGUACAUUCUUUUCAAAGAAGCACAAUAUGGUGGACCUAUUCCUGGCCAUA